UAUAUUAAGUGGCACCCUUGUCGGGUCCGUAGUCGGGCAUCGCAAGCCUGGAUCCAUGGGCCCAAUGUGCACGAGUCGACCCUAGGCUAUGGAGAAGGCGGACCAUUUGCUUGGAAAGUGACGGUCAUGAUAAAUAGCUGACCUUCUCCCGUGUCCGAGAUGAGCGCAUCACACUACCUGUCACAGAAAAGCAAGGCCUCCACCCAGCACAGUCAGCCUGCGACCUUUCCAACCUCCACUGUCUUAUACAAAACGAGCUUGACCGAGUCUCACCGCUGGCUCACUGCCCUACGCAUCUUCAUAGCAUCGCCGCAGCAUGGCACCUCACAUGGACGCACCUUCACCCAGUGGUAGCUUGAGAAGUAGUCUCGAUGGACCACGCUACAACAGCCUCAGUUUUGCGCCCCGCCAGCGUGCCCUCGAUGGGUAUCGUUCGUCGUCAGAGAGUCUCACCGAUGGUGCAUCAACGAUCGCCGACGUCCACAUGUAUAGGCCCCUGAUCCCGGGCGUCUAUGUGCCUACCAUGUGUUUCUUCGAAGCCAAAACUGAAGAUGUCGAUACCACAACCAUAGCGCAGCACGCGGUGCGCCUGGCGCGCGCGGGCGUCACUGGGCUAGCAACUCAGGGCUCUAAUGGAGAAGCGGUUCAUCUCACGCAUGCGGAACGAUAUACUGUCACAGCAACCACACGACGCGCUUUGAAUGAAAAUGGGUUCUCACACUUGCCUAUCAUUGUGGGCUGUGGCAGUCAGAGCACGAAAGAGACCAUUGAGUACUGCCGCGAGGCAUAUGAGGCCGGCGGCGACUACGCCCUGGUUCUGCCGCCUUCGUACUAUGCUGGCCUUUUUGCACCUGCUUGCGAGACGAUUAUCGAGUACUUCCACACCGUGGCGGACAGCUCGCCCAUUCCCUUGUUGAUCUACAACUUCCCCGGAGCUGUCGGUGGCCUCGACCUGUCGUCCGAUAUCAUCAUCAAACUAUCUCGCCAUCCUAACAUUGUCGGUGUCAAGCUUACUUGUGGCAACACUGGCAAGCUGAACCGCGUCGUCUCUGCGACACGGCGCUUGACCAAGCUCUACGACUACGACCACCCUGAAUUCGUGGUCCUCGGUGGAUCGGCCGACUUUCUCGUCCAGACACUUGCCGCUGGCGGCCACGGGAUCCUAGCGGGGCUGGCCAACCUCGCUCCCAAGGCCUGUCUGUCGACAAUGCGCCUUUACCGGGAAGGGUCGAUGGAGGAAGCUCAGCAUCUGCAGGACACCUUGUCGGAUGGUGACUGGACCGCUAUUCAGGGCGGCGUCGUCGGGACAAAGGCUGGCCUGCAGGCGUGGCUUGGGUACGCCGGGUACGCAAGAAGCCCUCUCCCCAAACCGACGGAGGAGCAGGCGCAAAAGUGGAAAGAUGGAUUCAAGUCGCUCAUGGAAUUGGAAAAGUCUCUCGAUUGAGGGUGGGCGUUGAAAAGUCUCCAUUGUACGAAUUACCCGAGCUCUUCAAGACUGAAAAUGGAAGGGAGGAAAGUUGAGAAGCAGGUCGAAGAUUGGUUGCACAGUAUCAAGCUACUGCGCUUUGUUUGUUUCUCUCUCUUUGCACCGCUUUGGGACCGUCGGAAAAUGGGAGAACUCUUGUUGCUGGCGUUCUUAUUUUGAAACAAGCGGUCGGCAAAUGUCUAUACGGGGCAAUGUGUAAUCAGUUACCAUUUCAGGUGGUAUCAAAUGGCCUCCAGCAAAGCAAAUGGCACUCGGGCUUGAUGAGUUCCAUUUCCUCGAUAACUGUAUUGAACUCCCACUCUGAGAACAUCUGCAUCAAGAUUGCU